CACGUGUUGCUAGUUUUAACAUUCCGGAAGAAGUAGACUUGUCUUCCAACGUUAGUGGGAGGAUCAGGAUCAUGAACACAACUUCUAGUACGACCGCAAGAAGUGCUAGUACACCAACAUCAGCUUCCUGGUCUAGCAUGCUGAACCGAGAUGUGGAAAGGUUUGGGAUGUUCAACGCGCGUCACGGUUGCACACAAAAAAUCAACGAAGCGACGGUUUUUCUACCACGAGUUCCCGACGAACAUGCAGCCGGAAUCAUGAUAUCAAAUGUAAAAAUGUCUGGGUCUGGAAGGAUGCAAACUUGUGAUGCGUGUUGCGGAUCAUACAAAAAUCUGUGUUGCAUGACUGGCAAAAGGUCCCCACUUCUAGCCAUGCCGAGGGGGCAUUUCUCAUGCAGAAAAGGCAUCACCAAGGGGCUGCAGAACCUGUGACGCUAGGCCCUGCAUUCGAGACUUGGCGGAGCUUGGAAAAACUGCAUGACAAAUCUCAGAAUCUUCCAGACCCAGACAUUUUUACAUUUGAUACAUGAUGAAAAAGGACGAUUUUUCAUUUACAGCGGGACACGAAGAAGUUGAUCUUGAUGCACAGGAGCGACGACAGACACAGCAGGAGAGCAAAGAACCCUCCUCUGACCCCCGCGCGACGGCAAAAAUGCGUGAAGAUCUACAGCCCGAAAAAAAUUUCAUAGACGCCAGCGCGACUUCGACUUCCACUUCAUCUAGG